UGAAGUCCGUGCUGUCAGCAUCAUGCUACAGAAUGUGGCCCCUUUCCACGUGGCAGUCCGAGAUGACAACUGCAUCGUCGUUUUCCUCGAAGCAGCUGAUGUGGUGAGCUCCUCCUCCGUGUACGUCGUCAAAAUCACCGGUGAAUCAAAGAACUAUUUUUUCCAGUUUGAUGAAUUCAACAGCACUUUACCUGCCCCCGUGGUUUUUAAUGCCACCUACCAUGGCCUUUAUUACAUAGUGACUCUGGUGGUGGUAAGCGCAAAUAUGGUUUCCAAGCCAGCCAGAUCAAUCACUGUGUUAACCAAACCUCUACCUGUAACCAGCGUUUCCAUCUAUGAUUACAAACCAUCGCCAGAAACUGGAGUAUUGUUUGAAAUCCAAUAUCCAGAGAAAUUCAAUGUUUUCACCCGGGUCAAUAUAAGCUACUGGGAAGGGAAAGAUUAUCGGACAAUGUUGCAUAAAGAUUUCUUUAAAGGCAAAACUGUUUUCAGUCACUGGCUGCCAGGAAUAUGUUACAGCAACAUCACAUUUCAGCUGGUGUCUGAAGCGACAUUCAAUAAAAGAACGCUGGUGGAAUACAGCGGGGUUAAACAUGAACCAAAGCAACACCGAACAGUUCCCUACCCACCUCGAAACAUUUCUGUGCAUAUAAUACAUAUGAACUUAAAUGAGAACUGGGAGGAACACAGUGGGAGUUUCCCAGAGGAACCAUUCUUGGGAUCACAGAAUGCAAUGCAACAGGAGAAAGUUACCCACAUUUUGGAUGAGCUCCCUGAGUUCCCGACAGUGAACACUUCCUAUACGUGGCCUGACUACCAUUAUAAUAGCAGUGAUUAUGAAGCCACGUCUCAGCCAGAUUGGUGGGUGAAUGAACCUGACUCCCCAGAGAAUGAAGACGAGUUUGUUAAUGCAGUCCCAAGAGAUUAUGAGAACAUCAUCCCAACUGCAGGGUUUGGAAGUCCUUCUCCUGAGCCUCACUUGUUCCUCCCAGUGAAAAUGGCGCUGAGCUGGUUGCCCCCCAAGCCACCCACAGCCUUUGAUGGCUUCCAUAUUAAUAUUGAGCGAGAAGAGAACUUCACAGAGUUCGUGACGGUUGGCGAGGACAUUCAUGAGUUUUCCACUGAUCUGAAAGAACCAGGGAAAUAUACAGUAUCUGUUACAACAUUUAGCUCGUCUGGGUCAUGCGAGAGUCGGGAAAGCCAAUCUGCCAAAACACUUAGUUUUUACAUUAGUCCAACGGGGGAAUUGAUAGAAGAGCUCACAGAGAAGCCUCAGAACGUCAUGGCAACAGUGCUGAGCUCCACCACUGCCUCAUUGUCCUGGACAACUUCACAGGAGACCAGCACCGGCACCCCCAGCCCAAUCAUAUCUGUUGUGUCCUUGACGUGCCAGAAGCAGAAGGAGAGUCAAAGGCUUGAGAAACAUUAUUGCAUGGAGGUGAAUACAAGCAGCAGCUUUAUUGAAAACCUGGUCCCUGGUGCUCAGUACCAAGUUGUGAUUUACUUACGGAAAGGACCGCUGGUUGGGCCUCCUUCAGAUCCUGUUACAUUUGCCAUUGUGCCAACUGGGAUAAAGGAUUUAACACUUUACCCUUUGGGACCCAGCGCCGUGGUCCUCAGCUGGAACAGGCCUUACCUGGGUGUCUUUCGGAAAUACAUUGUAGAAAUGUUUUAUUUCAACCCCUCAACGAUGACCUCGGAGUGGACAACGUACUAUGAAAUAGCAGCAACUGUCUCUUUAACAUCAUCUGUGAGAAUAGGAAACCUGCUACCUGCCUGGUAUUAUAACUUUCGGGUUACCAUGGUGACCUGGGGACACCCAGAACUGAGCUGUUGCGAUAGUUCCACCAUCAGCUUCAUAACAGCUCCAGUGUCCCCUGAAAUAACUUCAGUUGAAUAUUUUAACAACCUUCUCUACGUCAGCUGGAUCUAUGGUGAUGACAACACAGACCUUUCCCAUUCACGGAUGCUGCACUGGAUGAUUAUUGCAGAAGGAAAGAAAAAGAUCAAAAAGAGCGUGACACGAAAUGUCAUGACUGCAGUGCUGAACCUGCCUCCGGGGGACAUCUACAAUCUCUCAGUAACUGCUUGCACUGAAACUGGCAGCAACACCUCUGCGCUUCGGCUUGUGAAAGUUGACCCAGCUCCUCCAAGAUCACUUUUUGCUGUGAAUAAGACCCAGACCUCUGUGACUCUCCUAUGGGUGGAAGAAGGAGUUGCCGAUUUCUUUGAAGUCUUCUGCCAGCAGGCUGGUUUGGGCCAAGAUACAAAGAUCCAGGAGCCUGUCACUGUUUCUUCGCAUGUAGUGACAAUCUCCAGCCUUCUGCCUGCCACGUCCUACAAUUGCAGUGUUACCAGCUUCAGCCACGACAGCCCCAGCGUCCCCACUUUCAUUGCUGUCUCCACAAUGGUUACAGAGAUGAAUCCCAACGUGGUCGUGAUCUCUGUCCUAGCCAUCCUGAGCAUCCUUCUGAUAGGGUUGCUCCUUGUAACACUUAUUGUCCUCCGGAGAAAACACCUACAAAUGGCUAGGGAGUGUGGAGCUGGAACCUUUGUGAACUUUGCUUCAUUGGAGAGAGAUGGAAAGUUGCCAUAUAACUGGCGUAGGAGUGUAUUUGCUUUCCUAACUCUGUUACCUUCCUGCCUAUGGACUGAUUAUCUCUUGGCAUUUUACAUUAACCCUUGGAGUAAAAAUGGACUGAAGAAGAGAAAGCUGACCAACCCUGUCCAGCUAGAUGACUUUGACAGUUACAUCAAAGAUAUGGCAAAAGAUUCCGAUUACAAAUUCUCUCUGCAGUUCGAGGAACUGAAGCUGAUUGGGCUUGAUAUCCCACACUUUGCAGCUGACCUCCCCAUGAAUCGCAGUAAAAAUCGCUACACUAAUAUUCUCCCUUACGAUUUCAGUCGUGUUCGUUUGGUUUCAAUGAAUGAAGAAGAAGGUUCUGAUUACAUUAAUGCCAACUAUAUCCCUGGCUACAACUCUCCACAAGAGUACAUUGCGACCCAGGGGCCGCUGCCAGAGACGAGGAAUGACUUCUGGAAGAUGGUUCUGCAGCAGAAGUCACAAAUCAUUGUUAUGCUUACACAAUGCAACGAGAAAAGAAGGGUAAAAUGCGAUCACUAUUGGCCUUUCACAGAAGAGCUGGUUCCUUACGGCGACAUCACAGUGGAGAUGCUGUCUGAAGAAGAACACUCGGACUGGGUUUAUAGGAAUUUUAGAAUCAACUAUGCAGACGAGGUGCAGGACGUGAUGCAUUUUAAUUACACUGCUUGGCCUGACCAUGGAGUCCCUCCCACAAACGCAGCAGAAAGCAUCUUGCAGUUUGUACAGAUGGUCAGGCAGCAGGCGGUGAAAAGUAAAGGCCCCAUGAUCGUACAUUGCAGUGCUGGUGUGGGACGGACGGGGACUUUUAUAGCAUUGGACCGGCUCUUACAGCACAUUCGCGACCACGAAUUUGUAGAUAUAUUGGGUCUGGUGUUUGACAUGCGGUCUUAUCGGAUGUCCAUGGUACAGACAGAGGAACAAUACAUUUUUAUUCACCAGUGUGUGCAAUUAAUGUGGCUAAAGAAGAAGAAGCAGUUCUGCAUCAGCGACGUUAUAUACGAGAAUGUCAGCAAGUCAUAAUUCCAAGUCAGGCGGUUAGAACAUGAAAGACAUCCAUCUUCCCUUGCUUCAGAUUUUAAUUCUCUCUGGGUUUUUUUUCUUUUGUUUACUGUUUCUGAUUUGCCAUGGACGACAGUAUUCAUGGACAAGUGAAAAAGCCAAUAUUUCACAUCUAGAAGCUCUGGGGAGACAUAGCCUUAAGGAACCUGCAGUGUCUUGUAUGGACUCUUUUUCUUUUUCUUUUAAGUUAGUAAUACCGGACCAAAUUCAAUGCAGUGGCAUUAAAAGGAUCAAUGUAAUAAUGUGCAUAAACACACAGCACUUCAGACAGGUUUCUGUCUGUCUUAUUCUUUCAGAUUCUCCUUAUUUUUAAACAUGCAGGUUGGGCUUAAAGUUUACGGAAAGUGCAAUAUUCAAGGCUCUAUUCGAAUGACAGCCAGCUUUUGAUAUGUCACUCUGAUGAAGUCUGUAAAAGGCAAGAUCAGGGCACUGGAGAAUGCCAUUAGCACGUAGUAAGGCAUGGGAAGUCUUUGGGAAAGACGAUGGGACCACAUUGACAUUGCCAUCUAGCCUCGAGAAGAACCUUCAAGAUGGAGCAUCAAGUGGAGUCCUCCUCCUAAAACAAACUGGCUCAAAGUUGAGGAGAGAAACCAGAGGAGGCUCAAACUUCACUUCAGAGCCAGUGUUUUGAAGACUGACUGGGGCAAUGGAACAGAGAUCAGUGGCGAAAUUUCAUAGAGCUUUUGAGCCGCUCAAGAUAUCGGCACACCUCAAUAGAAAUGUCCUUUUGCCUGUUCAACCAGCCUGCAUUAUUUGGGGGGGGGAUCCUGUGCGCCUGGUUAUGGAGUGGAACUGUGGAUGGACUUGAUAUGCUAUCUGACAACAACCCCUGGUGGGGGGAUGCAGGGAGAUGAGCCUGGCCCAUGCUGCAUUGCUAUGCCCAUUUCGUUGACCACUCUUAGUCUUUGGUGCCGAUACUUUCCCUGUUUGUGUGAUCUGGGUUUGGUUUCUAUGUAUUUACCCUUGUGUGAAAAAGACAAAACAAGGAAGCUUGUCAAUGUAGCGGGGUGGGAAGUAAGGUGCAAUGGCAGAUCCAACUCUGUGGCAUCAAUGGUCUGGGAUAUGCAAGAUGCAGACAUCAGGAUUUAUUUUGGCAUGCUAAGAGCAUUCGAAAGGAUUUCUUUGCUCCUCAGUGGUAGCAGUGAUUUAUUGCAGGACAUUUCUUCUGGAAAAGGUAGCACAGCCUUUGCCAACCAGGACUACAUUUCCUAGCCAGCCCCACAAUCCAAAACACCUGGGGGCACCAGGUUGGCGAAAACUGAGUUAGUGUAACUAAAGAUGUUUCUUCUUUACUUUUAGUUAUUGUA